AUGACCAAGGACUCGCCUAACUCUUCCGGUGGCAGCCGCGCGACACCCAAGAAGCUGGCUAGUCCGGGCCCAACGGCGGCGGUGCUGGAGGAGCAGAAGCGGGAGCUGGAGAAGCUGCGGGCCGAGCUGGAGGCGGAGCGAGCGCGCGGGCGGGAGGAGCGGCGGCACUUCGCGGCCGAGGCGCGCCAGCUGCGGGAGGCAGCGGAGCGGGAGAGGCAGCAGCUGGUUGACCAUCUGCGCUCCAAGUGGGAGGCACAGAGCUGUCGGGAGUUGCGGCAGCUGCAGGAGAAGAUGCUGAGGGAGCGCGAGGGCGAGAUCCGGCAGCUGCUGCGUUGGAAGGAGGCCGAGAUGCGGCAGCUGCGGCAGCUGCUGCACCGUGAGCGCGACGGCGUUGUUCGCCAGGCGCGGGAGCUGCAGCGCCAGCUGGCCGCGGAGCUGGUGAACCGCGGCUACUGCGGCCGCGCGGGGGCGCCCGAACUCCCCGCCGCGCAGUGUCGCUGUCGCCUGCAAGAAGUGCUGGCGCAGCUUCGCUGGGAGACCGACGGCGAGCAGGCCUCGCGCAUCCGCCACCUGCAGGCGGCGCUCGAUGUGGAGCGCGAGCUUUUCCUCAAGUACGUUCUGGAGCACUUCCGCUGGCACCCGGUUUUGCCCGACACCCCGGAUCUCCAGGCUGUGCAUUCUUCGGAAGAGCCGCACCCCGAGACCGCCGGCGACUCACACCAUCCCCCAAAGUUCGCCUGUCGACUCGAAUCCCUCGACGGCCUGAGCGCCAGCGUUCGCGUGCGCUCCCGCUCCCUCGACGUGGUGCCCGCAGCGGGCUCCAACUCCCGCGACAGCCGGCUCCCCGCGCGCGCUGGCUCCCUCGAUUCCUUAGCACCAACGCGUUCCCUCUCGCUCGACAGCACCCUGCGUCGUCCCAAGGCCUCCUCUUCUCCAGACACUUUCAUCCUGGACUCCCCGAGUCCCCCGCCGCUGCCACCAGCAUCGGAGCACAGGGGACCUAGCGACGGUACAAGAAAAGACUCCGGGAGCCAGCCCUGCGAGGCUCUGACCCUGUCGCCGCUGAGCCUGGACUACCACGAGCUUGUGAAGCAGAACUCGGAACUGUCCGAGGCGUUGGAGGUGCUGGCGCGCCGUUGCUCCGGCCUGCUGCGAGAGAACAUGCGGCUGCGGCGCUCGGGUUUCCCAGACAAGGCGGAGGAGAAGGUAAAGCGGCUCAAGGUGAAGCACGCGGAGCUAACUGGCCUGGCUCGCCGCCUGGAGGACCGGGCCCGCAAGCUGCAAGAAACUAACCUGCGGGCUGUGAGCGCGCCUGUGCCUGGGGAGAGCCGCGUUGGCCUGGAGCUGUGCCAGGCCUUCGCCCUCCAGCGCGCCCGGGACUUGUCGGAGCAGGCGAGCGCGCUGCUGGCCAAGGACAAGCAGAUAGAAGAGUUGCAGCACGAGUGUCACUUGCUGCAGGCCCGCGUCGCCUCCGGCCUCGGCAGCACCCCGCACCCCAGUGGGGACGCGGCGAGCGCCCAGUGGCUCAAAGUCAGCGACUUGGACCGGCUGCAGCGAGAGUCCCAGCGGGAGGUGCUGCGCCUGCAGAGGCAGCUGACUCUGCAGCAGGAGGCCGAGGCACAGCUGCAGGCGGUGCUACGCGAGGGCGCCUGGCUGGCCAAGGAAAACGCGCGGCUGCAGGCCCAAGCCGACUGGACGCGGAAGGUGGCAGCCGAGAAUAACGAUGUACGCGAGCAGCUGGGCCGCGCGUGCCAGGAGCGCGACGCCUCCGGCUUGCUGGUGAAGCAGCUGCUGCUGCAGCAGGCGACGUGCGGGGAGUACAGGCAACAGCUGCUGCAUGACCUGCAGAAGGCAUUGCGUGAUCUCCAGGCUAACCGGGAGGAGAUGCGGGUGCUGCAGUGUCAGCCUGGUCACCGUCCCCAGGAAUCCUGGGAGACCUCCCAAGCCUUGGAUUCCCAAGGCAGGAAUAGCAGAAGGACCAAAUUCCAGCCAGGGCCUGAAGACCAAGAUUCACAGCCUCGCAGAGACAAACAGGAGAAGGAAGCCUCUCUGCUAGAGAGCCCAGUUGCCCUUGUGGAGCCAGCCAGUGUCCCCCAAGUGCCUGACACAGUCCCGGACAGCCAACCUCUGGACUGCAGAGCCCAGGCCAAGAAAACCAGCCCCCAGUCAAACUCCUCCUCUGAGGUGGAAUCCAUGUGGGCCACCGUGCCAUCUUGCCUUACUCUGGACAUGGACACAGCCAGUGAGGUGGAGGAUCUGGAUCCUGACAGUGUGUCCUUGACCCUGGAAGUGGGAGACUCAGAGGUCCCUGCCACCCCCAAGCUCAAAGUCUUCCUGGUUCGAUAUAGCUACAACCCAUUUGAGGGACCCAAUGAGCACCCGGAGAGUGAGCUGCCCCUCACCGCUGGGGAUUACGUAUAUAUCUUUGGGGACAUGGACGAAGAUGGCUUCUAUGAAGGGGAGCUUGAGGAUGGCCGGCGGGGCCUUGUGCCCUCCAACCUGGUGGAGCACAUUCCAGACAGUGACAUCCUUGGCUGCCUGCCCCCAGUGUCACCUGACUCUGACCCUGACCCUGUUCAACUCCCAGCUGGACAGGGCAAAGCUUCAAAGGAAGACACUAGUUGCAGCUUAUUGCCUGGGAAAGCUAAGGGAGCUGUGGACAGGGAGACAUGCCAAAUGGUGUCCAAGACAGAAGCGGCAAUAGAGAUCUCAGAUGCCAAGACAGAAGAUGGCUGGCUGGGCUCACUGCAGAGUGUGGAGGAGCAGGGCUUCUCUGGAUCCUUUCCAGGGGCUAAAGGGGUCCUUUGUGUUGUCCCCAAGCAACUACACCUUCGGAAUGUUGCGGCCACGUCGGCCGAGAUCACCUGGGUCUACAGCAGCAGCAGCCACCCACAUGUGGUGUACCUCAAUGACCAGAAGCAUGCCCUGACCCCAGCGGGUGUGAGCAGCUACACCUUCCACAGCCUGCAUCCCAGCACACGGUACCAGGUGCAGGUGGAGGUGCAGCUGCCAUGGGACUUGAUGCAGGUGCACUGGGAAACUAUGUCCUCCACUGUCACCUUUGAUACACCCUUAGCAGGACCCCCUGACCCUCCACUGGACGUGCUGGUAGAGCGUCACACCUUACCAGGCCUCCUGGUGGUCAGCUGGCUCCCAGUGACUAUCGACUCGGCCGGGUUCUCCAACGGAGUCCAGGUCACUGGCUAUGCUGUGUAUGCUGAUGGGCUCAAGGUUGCAGAGAUCACUGAUGCCACUGCUGGGAGCACCCUGUUGGAAUUGUCCCAGCUCCAGCUGCCCCUCAUGUGCCAGAAGGUCUCUGUGAGAACCAUUUCACUUUGUGGCGAGUCACUGGAUUCGGUGCCAGCUCAGAUCCCUCAUGACAGUUUUAACUGUAACAGAUUGACAGAGACCUCCCCCUUUAGUUACACCUGUGGUGACCCAUCCCCCUGCAGAGUCACCUUCCCCAUCUACCCUCAGAGGCUGGCGCUGGCUCCACUGAGUGCCAAGGCCAGCUCCCACAUCCCCAAAAGAUGUGGGGAGCCCCUGGCCAAGUUCCUAGAAGCAUACCCUGAAGAACCCCCAGGGAAGCACUCCCCAAUGCCCAAUCUGAGUUCAGAAGAGGAAUGUCCAACUACAGGGGCUGGCAGCCAAAUCCAGGGGCCCACAGAGGCCUGGGAGGUCCGCAUAGAAGACCUCUUUCAGAAGAGUUCACAGAACCACAGGCGGCCUCUGCCCAGUGGCCAGUCUGAGGGGGGAGAAGACCACUACUGGCACAUGGGCACCAGCCAAAACCCUGCUCUGGGAGUCGUCCAUCUGUCCCCUGAGUAUGGGCCCAGGAAAGAAGCCUGUCAGGAAAAGGCUGCCCUUGAGAAGGUUCUUAGACAAAAGCACGAUGCCCAAGUGUUCACACCUUCCCAAAUGGGCACCAGCCAACGACUGGUGUCUGACUUCCAUGACAUUUUGCAGGAGGAGGAGGAGGUAGUGUGCUUCAGUCCAUGGGCCACAGAGAGGCAAGAGCAGAGAAGGGAGCUUAGGACCCAGAGUAGGCGAGGUAAGGCUCUGAGGAGCAAGAGAGAGAGACCGCUCCAUGAGCCCAGCUCUGCACUUUGUCCAACUUCAUCCAGCAAAGUCAUUAAGAUGUCUGGUAGAGACCUCCCAUUGCUGGAGGCGGGCAUGGACACUUCUGUCAGGGUCUUUGUGGCACUCUUUGAUUAUGAGCCCUUGGUGAUGUCUGCCAACCCCAAGGCUGCAGAGGAGGAGCUGGCCUUCCAGAAAGGGCAGUUGCUGAGAGUGUGGGGCUUUCAGGACUCCCGAGGCUUCUACCAUGGGGAAUGCAAUGGUCAAGUGGGCAACAUCCCUGGGCACCUGGUGGCUGAGGUGGAGGAGGGCAUGGAGAGGACUGAUAGGAGGUGGCAUUUGCCAGUGCAAGGACACCUGCCCUCUGUGGCCCACCUAGAUGACUUUGGGGGGCUCACUGACCCCCAGGACUCCUUCUCUCUGCCCCAAGGGAACCCCAGGAGACCCCCACUGUGCAUUCCAGUGACCAUGAUGGCAGCUCUGGACUAUAACCCCAAGGAUGGGCAAGCAGGGGGCCAGAUGAAGGGCAAGCUGUCACUGAAGGCUGGAGACCUGGUCACAGUCUAUGGGCCUGUGGAUGACAAGGGAUUCUAUUAUGGGGAGUCAGGCGGCCACAGAGGCUUUGUCCCAGCCCACCUACUGGACCACAUGUCCCUUCAUGGAGAGUGA